GCGUACAGACGCGCCUGCGCUGUGAAGUGACCGCGCCGUUCACUGGUACUUUUGAAAGCAAGGGAACAGAAAUACUGUAUUACCCCGCGUCUGGAGUGCGAGCCUUCAAUCUGCGUCUUCGGCUACACAGUAGUUCCCAGAGACAUAUCUUUGUCUUGUACGAAAAGGCAACCAUGGAGCUAAACGAUGCCAACCUGCAAACUUUGACAGAAUUUCUUCAGAAAACACUUGAUCCAGACCCAUCAAUCAGGCGACCAGCUGAGAAGUUUCUGGAGUCAGUGGAAGGGAACCAGAACUAUCCAAUCUUGCUACUCACACUACUGGAAAAAUCACAGGACAAUGUGAUUCGUGUUUGUGCAGCAGUCACCUUCAAAAACUACAUCAAAAGAAAUUGGCGUAUAGUGGAAGAUGAACCCAACAAAAUCUCAGAGGCAGAUCGAACUGCGAUUAAAGCCAAUAUAGUAAACCUGAUGCUAAGCAGCCCAGAGCAGAUUCAGAAACAGCUAAGUGAUGCCAUCAGCAUCAUCGGCAGAGAGGACUUCCCACAGAAGUGGCCUGACCUCUUGAGGGAAAUGGUGAACCGCUUCCAGAGUGGAGAUUUCCACAUCAUCAAUGGAGUUCUGCGCACUGCCCACUCACUCUUCAAAAGGUAUCGGCAUGAGUUCAAGUCUAAUGAGCUUUGGAUGGAGAUCAAGCUUGUACUGGACACAUUUGCUCAGCCUCUGACGGAGCUUUUUAAGGCUACCAUUGAGCUGUGCAAGACUCACUCCACAGAUGUCAAUGCCCUGAAGGUCCUGUUUUCAUCCCUCACGCUCAUCUCUAAGCUGUUCUACAGCCUCAACUUCCAGGAUCUUCCUGAAUUUUUUGAGGACAACAUGGAAACUUGGAUGACAAAUUUUCACAAUUUACUGACUUUGGACAACAAGCUUCUCCAGACAGAUGAUGAGGAAGAAGCAGGUCUGCUGGAGCUGCUUAAGUCUCAGAUCUGUGAUAAUGCCGCCCUCUAUGCACAAAAGUACGACGAGGAAUUCCAACCAUACCUGCCUCAGUUUGUCACAGCCAUAUGGAACCUACUUGUCACCACUGGUCAGGAGGUCAAAUAUGACUUGCUAGUAAGCAAUGCUAUCCAGUUCCUUGCCUCUGUGUGUGAAAGGCCACACUACAAGCGUCUGUUUGAGGACCAGAAUAUAUUGACCAGCAUCUGUGAGAAGGUCAUCGUUCCCAACAUGGAGUUCAGGAGUGCAGAUGAAGAGGCUUUUGAAGACAACUCUGAGGAGUAUAUAAGAAGGGACCUGGAAGGAUCUGAUAUAGAUACUCGGCGCCGGGCAGCCUGCGAUCUGGUGCGUGGCCUUUGCAAGUUCUUUGAGGGCCCAGUCACCGGGAUAUUUUCUGGCUAUGUAAACUCUAUGCUUGGAGAAUAUGCCAAAAACCCUGGAGUCAAUUGGAAACACAAAGAUGCUGCCAUCUACUUGGUGACUUCGCUGGCCUCCAAAGCCCAGACACAGAAGCAUGGAAUAACUCAAGCGAACGAACUUGUAAAUCUGACAGAAUUUUUUGUGAACCACAUUCUCCCGGACUUGAAGUCACCAAACGUAAAUGAGUUUCCAGUACUGAAGGCAGACGCCAUCAAAUAUGUCAUGAUCUUCAGGAGUCAACUCCCAAAGGAGCAGCUUCUCCAGGCUGUACCGCUUCUGGUGGCCCACCUGCAGACUGAGAGCACAGUACAGCACACAUACGCUGCUCAUGCUCUGGAGAGGCUCUUCACCAUGAGGGGCCCCAAUAACUCCACACUUAUCUCCCCGACUGAGAUUGCCCCCUUCACAGAGCAGCUCCUGAACAACCUGUUUAAGGCGCUGGCAUUGCCUGGAUCUUCUGAGAAUGAAUAUAUCAUGAAAGCAAUUAUGCGCAGCUUUUCUUUGCUGCAGGAGGCUAUUGUUCCAUACAUUCCCACUCUGAUUGGUCAGCUCACACACAAGCUCCUCCUCGUCAGUAAGAAUCCCAGCAAGCCACACUUUAACCACUACCUGUUCGAGUCCCUUUGCCUGUCUAUCAGGAUCACCUGCAAGGCUAACCCUGCUACAGUGGGCAACUUUGAGGAAGCACUCUUUCCAGUUUUCACUGAGAUCUUGCAAAAUGAUGUGCAGGAAUUUGUGCCAUACGUGUUCCAGGUAAUGUCUCUGCUGUUGGAGAUCCAUUCCGACACUAUUCCCUCCUCCUACAUGGCGCUCUUCCCCCACCUACUACAGCCUGUGCUUUGGGAGCGCACCGGCAACAUUCCCCCACUGGUGCGCCUGCUCCAGGCCUACUUGCAGAAAGGGGGUCCCACUAUCGCCACCUCAGCCGCUGACAAGAUUCCGGGUUUGUUGGGAGUGUUCCAGAAGCUUAUCGCUUCGAAGGCCAAUGAUCACCAGGGUUUCUACUUGUUGAACAGCAUCAUCGAACACAUGCCUCCGGAGUCUAUCACUCAGUACAGGAAACAAAUCUUUAUCCUGCUGUUUCAAAGGCUGCAGAGUUCCAAAACCACCAAGUUCAUCAAGAGUUUUUUGGUCUUCAUCAAUCUAUACUGUGUCAAGUAUGGAGCAAUUGCAUUGCAAGAGAUAUUUGACAACAUCCAGCCAAAGAUGUUUGGCAUGGUGCUAGAGAAGAUUGUAAUUCCAGAUGUGCAGAAGAUCUCUGGCCAGGUGGAGAAGAAGAUCUGUGCAGUUGGCAUCACCAAAGUUCUAACCGAGUGUCCAGCUAUGAUGGACACGGAAUAUACUAAACUUUGGUCGCCGCUGCUGCAGGCUCUGAUUGGUCUGUUUGAGUUGCCAGAAGAUGACAGCAUCCCCGAUGAUGAGCACUUCAUUGACAUUGAGGACACUCCUGGGUACCAAACUGCCUUUUCCCAACUAGCAUUUGCGGGAAAGAAAGAGCAUGACCCUAUUGGAGAUGCUGUUAGCAACCCCAAGAUUCUGCUAGCCCAGUCUCUACACAAACUGUCUACUGCUUGUCCUGGAAGGGUUCCCUCCAUGCUAAGCACCAGUCUCAACGCAGAGGCCCUCCAGUUCCUCCAGGGCUAUCUGCAAGCCGCCAGUGUGCAGCUGGUGUAAUGGAGCCCAGGAAAAUGGACUGGAACUAGACAGGACAGAGUUGAAUGGUUGACUUUACCAGCAUCUGUCAGACUGAAAAAUUACAAAACAAAAAUGUCAAAUCUGGUUCAACAUGUUUCAUCUGGACUGGAGCUUUUUAAAGAGGUUUUUAAUUGUGCAGGUAUAUUGCAUCAAAAGUGAAAGCAACUAAAAACGUUGAUGGGCAUGCAAGGUGCCUUCAAGUGGUUGGCAUGCUUCCUUAACGCAGCUGGUUUGAUUUAAUGUGUGGACAGGGUUGCUACUAUCACACAGCAGAGCUUAGUGAGGUUUCAUGCUUUUAAGUGGAUUUGUGCAUCAAGCCACUUGUCAGUCUCAAUAUCAAAACAUCUAAUCAGUUCCUCCUGUGAAGUAACUAUGCCAUUGUUGAAGGAGUGAUAUACCUUUACAGUACUGAAAGUCCCCUAGCAUAAAUCUGGUCUGCAAAACUAAUGAAGCAGGUUUGGGCUUUUUGCCGUUUACAUUUGUUUUAUUCUUGGGAGCUUCAACUGUGUAGUACUUGUUUGCUAGGGGAGCUCUCCCCUUUUCUCUGUUGCAUUCAGGCUGCUUGGAUGUAGUCUUGUCUAUGUAUUGUCCACGUUUCUGCUAAUAAAGAACAGCACUUGUAUGAAA